GAAACCACCCCUCUGGUGGGCUAUACCCUUAAAGGGAUAUGCGUCGCAAGAUACUGUCGGUGGUUGCCACUUCGGGAGAUUCCGAAAAAAAUCAGCUGUGUUCGUGGAUUUGAACUCAGUUCGUUUCGUUCAUCUGUUUACUAAGAAGCGCACGUUUCUCUGCACCACAUUUGUCACCAAGAAUCCACUGUUAGCUAUUACAAACGAAGCAAUGUAAAGUUUUGUAGUAUUGCACAUAGUUGCUCGGUUCUUUAGCCUCUAGAGAUUAAAACUUUCUUGAAGCACCGUAGUCACGACUGACUAUCGGACAUAUGUAUACCGCCGCAUAUGUCGUCUACGUACAUACAUCUACGUCCACACGUAUCGUUGCAUAUUUAAAGUGGACAAUUCGAUGGCGAUCGUAGUACCGGCUCACAACGGAGAGGGGAAAAAGACUUCAGCGAUCUUUCCAUUUCUUACAUUUUUAUGGAAAACCACGACGAAAUGUAUUCGCGGUCUAUGCACUCGGCUGGAUAAAAAUAUUUUAUGAGCAACUUCAAUUGCGAUCAAUUGCCGAAGGCUGAACUCACUAAUUUCUUAGAAUACUUCAAUUUUCUCCAUGUAGGCAUUCAAUAAUAUAUGUAGAACUAUCAUCAAAACGUACGCACGCGGUUGAUCAGAAUACAUUUCUUUUAUAUAUCCGAGGAUUUUCGUUCUAUUAUACACAUCUUAAUGGAUUCGCUUUUGUGUACAGCAGAGCAUAAAGAGAAAUAAGAAACUAUGACUCGUAAAAGUACGUUUAACCGCACGUUGAAGUUUAUGCUCGCUUUAUGUGGUAUUUGGCCAGGCACAUCUUAUGCUUUGCUCUGCAGAAUAUUUUGGAUCGUUUCUUUGACAGUUGUUAUAUUCUGCCACUACCGUUACUUUGUGACACAUUUCUAUACUGCCGAAGUUUUGGAUUUGAUGGAUUGUCUGUCCACCUUUCUUGCAUAUUCCAAAAUACUUAUCAAGUUUACAGUGUUUUGGUUCAAUCAACAAAAAUUCGCCAAAAUCGUGGCAUUGAUAGCGGAAGAUUGGAAUGAUUGCGCUAACAACGACAUCAGCAUGCGUGAGACGGAACGCAAAGCAAAAAUGUCGGAUCGUAUUACAAAUGCGGUCGUCAUUCUUCACACAAUGACAAUCGUUGCAUAUUGCCUCGGUAUCAUCCUGGCCGAUGCCGAUAUUACGGAUACCACGAAAGAACCGCUUUGGGUCAACAAGAUACAAAUUCCUUUCGACGUAAAGACACAAUCAACAUACAGAAUCAUUUUAAUAGCAGAAUUUUUGUUUAUGGUCCCUUGUGGGUGGGUGGCUGGUAUAACAAACUCCUUACUAUUGACAUUGAUCUUACAUACGGCCGGCCAAAUCGAAAUUAUGAGUCACUGGCUGGCGCAGCUGUCUUGUAAAAACGAGGGCAAAUCAAUCGCUGCGACUACGAGCAAAAUUAUUCAAAAGCACCAAAAAAUUAUCAAGUUUUCGAGGCAUAUUGAAAGUCUUUAUACAUAUAUUGCAUUGCUGCAGUUCGUGUCAAACACGAUAAUGAUUUGUUCGCUGGGUUUCGUUAUUGUAACAGCAAUUGGUAGUCCCAAUGCAGUGGAACAACUCCUGCAAUCAUUAUUAUUUUAUACUAUAACAAAUCUCGAAGCAUUUAUCUUUUGCUACGCUGGAGAAUAUUUGAACAAUAAGAGCAGAGAAAUUGGUGUCGCCGCGUAUAACUGUGAGUGGUACGAUUUAAAAUCGGCAGAAAGUCGUCUUCUGUUAUUUAUCAUAGUAAGAUCGCAGAAACAAUUGUCACUCACUGUAGGAAAACUGAUGGAUCUUUCCUUACAAUCUUUUACAAGCAUUAUGAAUACUUCGGGAUCGUAUUUGUCAGUGCUGUUGGCAAUGCAAUAAGCAGUUCGACAAUUUUUAAAUAAUUUUAGACAAUUUGAAGUUAUCUGUAAAUCACUGGUUACAGAAACACACGGUUUAAUAUAAUAUAUUUUUCUAAAUAUAAUCAUAAAAUGUUUAAUUCUUUUCGUUUAAAUAAUCGGUACAUUUACAGAUGAGAAAUAUUGUAAACACUUGUCGCUAUGCAAGAAUUAAUUUGCUUAAAUUCUGGUUACUAUAAAUAAAAUAAUG